AUGAAUGCCUCUUACACUAAAAUUCAAGUCAAGGCCACAUUGGAUAAACUCAUACUAACCGAAUUAGAAUCGAUUAACUAUAUAACCACUGAGACAAGAUUUUUACCUGUUAGCAACCUUCUUAAAGAUCAUAUCACAAAAGAUAAGAUUAGCUGUUGGUUUUUAUUGCAUGAUGAAACUGCAAAUCUUCAUUGCACUCAUUUGUUUGCUUACCAUGCAGAUAAUUUAUUCACGAACACUCAGUGAUGAUGAAUCAUCAAUUUAUGAUACAGCUGCUGUUUAUGAACCAUAUCCAGCGAGGAAACAAUUCACUGACAGGAUACACCAUCGUGGAUUCAACAAACAUAUAUUUAAAAGAGGUCCAGAAACACUUUGGGAACUGGAUUGAUCCGACACACUAAAAUGAACAAGUGAACUUGUGUUUAUGAUUUUGGUUUCAUGUAAUAUGUUGUGAUCCCAUAAUUUGUUACACGAUAUCAUUUGGUGUAUCGUAUGAGAAUAAUGUAUAAAUUUUAAAUACAUACGUAACAGUCAGAGACAA